AUGAUGAUGACGUGCCGUCUGCUGUGCGCCCUGUUGGUGCUCGCCCUGUGCUGCUGCCCGUCCGUGUGUCUGGCAGACACUAAGCCUGAAGUUGAUGUUCAAGCUUCUUCCAGUACGACCACGACGACCACACCCCCGGCAUCAGUCCCCAAGGAGAAGUCCACACUCAAAAAUAAUGUAGGUGCCGUUCCAGCGCCUUCACCAACAGAUCCAUCACACCGGGAGGCCGGUUCGACAGGGUCGUCAGGUUUGGGGUCCGUUGCAAAGCCCGGAAAUGAUGGCGGAGAGGGACCAGGAUCUACCAGUACAGGAACGAAACCAAAUGAAGUGUCCAAUACGUUACAGGCAGAUGGUAAUAAGGGUACGACAGGGUUACCCAGUGAAAAGAGACUAUCCGAGGAACGGGCAAAUAGGGAGUCUGAAGAUUCUACCGAGGAGACCACGACGACCACGACAAAGGCACCAACCACGACGACCACUACAACAGAGGCACCAACCACGACGACUACAGAGGCGCCAGCUGUGUCGACCACCCGCGCACCGUCACGUCUUCGCGAAAUGGACGGCAGCCUCAGCAGCUCUGCGUGGGUGUGUGCCCCGCUGGUGCUUGCCGCAUCCGCGCUGGCGUACACCACUGUGGGCUGA